AUGAUUCAUGAUGAACCUGUUCCUUUGGGUAUUCGACCACCAUUGCCUCCAGAUCCUGAAGAGAAACCUGAAUUCAAGUUAAACCCCGGGGAACGGAGACAGAUAUUACUUGACACCGGAACGACUGUGAGUAUGAUCAGUUUGGACCUUGCGCGUAGGCGCAAGAUCAAGUUAAACUCACAGAAGCGGGUCAAAGUGUCAGAACUAGGUGGCGUCCCGAGCUAUAUCACUUCGAGUGCACAAAUCAAGAUCACUUUGGGAUGGCGAGUUGUGUACGUCAUGGAUGUUUGGGCAACGAACAUUGGAGAAGGAAUGCAUGUGCUUUUAGUGAUAGCUUUAUGUGCUGGGGUGCGCCUAGGUAUUCGUGAAGGAAUGGUUGGUCUCCCGGAUGAAGAAUCUAUUCUGAUGUACGGAUAUAUAAACGAAAGCGUGAAUACCAGGAUAUCCCAGUCUGCCUCCUUCGAGGAUUGCAUUUGCGACCCGGAGAAUAUGCAAAUGUGGCCAUCCGAUAUGGCCAGUGUCGUCCGCUCUAAGAUGUUGUAUGGGCAGGAAGAGAGAACCAAUGGGUCACCCAAAUUGUUGACGGCGCACGAUCUGGUCAACAUCUCGGACCGGGACUGGGGGAUCGAGCCUAGGACACCUGUUGCUCGGAUUGCAGAGUAUGAGAAUAUCCCCAUAGUUGGACAGUUCGUGCGUCCUGGAUUACGGAGAUACAUGGAAUGGCAACAGAUUAUCCAGGAGAACACAGUGUCCCCGAAAGCCAGGGUACACCAGGAAACAUACGAACAGAUGUUUCGGGAUGCUGCUCCGCCUGCAGUUAUGGCUCCUCGAUACAGGCCAAAGGAACCCGAGCGAGCCCAGGUCAGAAGAAAGUGUUACAAUCGCAAAGAAACAUCGACGUUGUAUAAUGCUAAACUUAGGGCAUACUCCCCGAGUGUGAUUGGUUCACUCAUGGCUGUUGAAGUUUCACCUGAAGUUACCACCCUGGGUGCCAAUGCUCAGGAUAGCGGAGAGGUUGCCAAUUCGAGAUCCUGUAGUGAAGGCGUUGAUGAAAUGUUUCAGGAAUCUGAAUGCGACGCAUUCCAGGAUGACCCAAGCGAGGAAGACGAGGAUUUCGAGAUACCUUUAUUUGCUAGGCCUGGAACACCACUCGCACGACUUGACGCAGCGUGCCAGAUUUCGAUUUGGGACCAGCGGUCUAUAUAUUCUGAAGGGAGCGAGCUCAUUUCUAAGUUGAAAGAUCAGUUGGUUAUGCUACUUGACUUGGAUGGUCUCUCUCCUGAAUGUGAUAUUGAAACUGUGAAUAAUGAAGAACCUGGCGAGAGUACAGUAGCUCAGGAGAAGCAGCUGAAGGCCGUCCUGGAAAGGCAUCGGAAGAUCUUCUUAGGUGAUGGGAAUGCUGCCCCGCCACCGGCGACAGGUGUCAUCUGCGAUCUAGAUGUGGGUGACGCCAAGCCAGUGGCACAAAGACCACGGCCGGUCGUACUCAAGAAAACCGGAGUGGAUAUUCGGAUGUAUAUCAACUAUCGGGUCGUGAACAGCUUCAUUCAGUUCUCGAAUUACCCACUGCCACUGAUUGAUGAUCCUAUCACUGGAUUCGAGGGAAUGAGCCGGUUCAUGAGUCUCGACAUGGUGAGCGGCUUUUGGGCAGUUCAAAUGACCGAGAGGGCUAAGCCGAUCUCAGCAUUCACUGACCCAUUCGGGCAUUUUCAGUGGGUACGUGUGCCUUUCGGGUUGAAAAACGCCCCUAUAAUUUACCAACAGAUGAUCAAUAAUUGUCUAUGGGGAUUUGUACGGUUAUCGCCCGAAGAGGAAGCACUUGUGGAUCAGGAUGUGUUAGACUACCUGAAGUUGGGCCCUCAUUCGCCAAGUGAUGAAAUGGAUGCAGAACGCAGUAUGAUACCGCUAGUGGAGCAAAUGACGGUUUUCAGGCGCAAUAUCCCCGCGCCAUCUAAAAAAGUUAGUAUAUUGAUGACAUCGCGCAUGGGGCGGCCACGUGGGAUCAACUAUGUGGCGAUUUGGAUGCGCUGCUCUAUCGGUUACGGUACUGGGCUUGCCCAAGAACGAAUUCGGGAAGCGUGUCAUACCAAUUUUGGUGUCGAAGGAAUACGUACAACCCCGAAAAUCGUAAAAGACAUUCAGGAGCUACCAUUUCCGUCUACUCUGAAAGGAGUCCAGUCAUUCCUAGGCAGCCUGAAUUAUUACCACAAAUUCAUUGAAGAUUAUGCCGUGGUAGCUGCGUCACUCUAUGAGUUGACAGACGAUCAAGUGCGCGCGGGACGAGGCUUGUCUCGAGCGAAGGAAUCCUUUGAGAUCCUGAAAAGGAAGAUUUAUCAUAUUGCUGAGAAGGAAGUUCUGGCUGUGCGAGUUCUCCAUGUUUUCAAGAACCUGAUCGAAGGAUGUCCUUUGAUAAUCUACACCCGACAUUCAAUGCUGAAGUGGGUCAUCAAUUCCAAGACCGCCAAAGGUCGUCUAGUGCCAUGGGGCGUCGCCCUCUCACAGUAUGAUCUCGAAAUUAGGAAGGUUUGUCGACAUGAGGAUCGAUUGGCCGCCAUUAUGGGUGCAGGCAUUACUCCCAGGGAGCACUUGGACGAAGUUGCGACGAAGUUGCCGAAGUACUCGUUCCAACCAAGGAACGCGUCAUACUGCCUCCUGUUGUGCGUGUCGAAAUGCUCUCAGAAGAGUACUCCGGAGCAAGCCUUAGACGAGCCCGCG